CCGACUAGCACCCAGCAACGUCGCCAGUCCUGUCGACUAUCAACAGCAUCGGCGACGACCUAAAGAGGUCUCGCCGCCGGCUUGCCACUACUGACCAGUCAAAUCCACCCGCGGCGAUGACUUCUUUUCAUUUUAGAUGCUCUCACCAAUCCCGCCGUCUCUCUCUAUCAGUUAGCAACUGCUUGCCACCUGCUGCAGGCGAUUUGCUACCAGCACAGGCGGCCUUCUGGGCGUCACCCUCAGGCACCACCGCUGCUCUGUACAUUGCUUAGAAGGCCUUGAUUGAAGGCAUUUCGAUUUUCAAUUGAUUUUGGUUACAUUGGAGAAGUAGUUUGGGUUUGCUGAGAUAUGCGUUUGUACUCAAGGUGAAAGGUUUACAGGCUUAAUAUUUGAAAUAGAUGUUCAGAAUUAAAGGUAGGUUGUCGACAAAGCUACUGAACAUAACUGUAGCAUGUCUUUGUAAAGACAAACAACUGGAAAGAGCAGAAGCAGUGAUACUUGAUGGUAUAAGAGUUGGAGUAACAUCAGAUUUGGUGACUUACAAUACUCUGAUCACAGCAUACUGUCAUUUUGUAAGCAUUGAUGCAGGUUAUAGCUUUAUUCAUAGAAUGAAAGAAGCUGGCAUUAAGCCCGAUGUUAUUACGUAUAACUCAUUGAUAGCAAGUGCUUCCAGGCAUGGCUUGUUAUCUCGAUGCGUUGACCUGUUGGAAGAAAUGCUUGAGGUGGGUAUUCUGCCUGAUAUAUGGACUUAUAAUACAUUGAUGAAUUGCUUGUUUCGACUGGGAAAACCAGAUGAAGCCUACAAGUUUUUUCAGCACAUUUUUUUGGGAGAUGUACACCCUUGUCCAGUCACAUUUAAUAUUCUAUUUAGUGGUCUUUGCUUGAAUGGGCAUACAGAAAAGGCUCUCCUGUUAUUUAAGAACUUAAAGCAUUCUGGGUUUAUUCCACAGUUGGUAACAUACAACAUCCUUAUUCACGGGCUUUGCAAUUUAGGACGAUGGGUACCUGCAAGAAGGCUUCUCAAUGAACUAAUUCACAUAGGUUAUAACCCUAAUGCCAUAACAUAUACUACAAUAAUGAAAUGCUGUUUUAGGUCAAGACGAUUUGAAGAAGGGCUUCAGAUAUUGGAAGAGAUGAGAAGGGAAGGAUAUAUCUUUGAUUCAUUUGCAUAUUGUACAAUCAUUAGCUUCUUAAUUAAGGCGGGCAGGAUGGAGGAUGCGUAUAAUUGUGUAGAAAAUAUGAUCAUGAAUGGAAUUGAGUUUGAUUUAGUGGCUUACAACAUCCUUCUUAAUUUGUACUGUAAGGAAGGUAAACUGGAUGAUGCCUACAUGUUGUUGGAUGAAGCAGAAAGAAGAGGGUUUGACUGUGACAAAUACACGCACACCAUAUUAAUAGAUGGGCUGUGCAAGGCUGGAAAUAUGACAAUGGCAAUUCGUCAUUUGAACUGUAUAAAAUUGAUGGGUUUUGACUCAAGUUUAGUUGCUUUCAAUUGCUGUAUUGAUGGGUUGUGUAAAGUAGGCGAGGUUGAUCAUGCAUUAAGGUUGUUCAAUUCAAUGGACAAGAAAGAUUGUUUUACCUAUUCAUCACUGGUGAAUGGUCUUUGCAAGGCUAAGAGGUUUCAUGUAGCGGCAAACCUAUUGCUUUCAGGUAUCAGAAGUGGUAUGAAGAUUCUAGAAUCAGAUGCUCGAGCAGUUAUUGACUGUCUUCAACAUUAUGGGUUUAUGCAUGAAGCUAGGGAGCUCUGUUCAAAGAUUCAGUUGGCCCAGAUAUUGAACUACAAGUAACCUAUCAAACAAAGAUGUUGUGUUAGAGGUGAUCUGAUACCACUUGACUUAACACUUCUAUCGGAGCAUGGUGUUUUCAUGAAUCUACGGGAAUGGAAUGAAUUGCCACUCUAUUACAUUCUUACGACGAUAACAAUCUCCCGUCACAUUGAAGUCUUUUCCACAGAGAAUGAACAAAAAGGUUUACUUUGCAAACUGUAAGAGCCACAUCCUGCUGAUCAUAAUGGCGACUAGUUUCCUGACUAACACUACUCAGAAUUAAUUGUAUUGGCAUUCUAGCUUUCUUAUACAGGUCUGUCUACGAAACUUUGAGACUCUGGGUGGAGAUCCUACCACACAGUUACAUUUUAGAGGUUUCACUUGCUUCUUUAGAACUUAGUAAAUUGUAAAGGCAAAAUGCAGUUCACCUCACUGUGUCUUCGAAUUACAAUUAACACCGUCAAAUGAAUGUGAACACAACCUGACUGGACAGAAAAGCCCCAUUACUCAUGAAUUCAGAAAGAGAGAAGAUUCUACACAAGGGUUCCUACCGAUGUUGCAUGAAGACAGGUUUCAUCAUUAAUCAAUCAUCUUGUAUGAUGUAUCAACACGCACGGGAAUGCAGCUUCAGGGGUUGGCUAAAAAUAGUGAACAACAGGCUCAAGGAUCAAUUUCUAUCUCCAUCACUGCCUCUUCAGAAUCCAGUUUACCUAUGAACUUGCUAAUGGAAGUGAAUUUCAAUGAAGUCCGAAGCUCGUAUAUGCCCACUUGUGAGUGAUGGAGAAAAUAACAGGUUCUACGUUGC